UGAAAAAGUUAAAACCAUCACUUUGAGCUUCAUGCAUGUGUUUCUAAUCAUGUUUAUUCUAUUUAUUAUCAUUUUCCUUUUCUCUUUGGUAGAAGUUAUCUGGGAUUUUGAUUUUUCAUCUUUUUUUUUUCCGCAUUAAAUUUUCAAUGUCUGCAUCACAACUAUAUUUUGUUUAUAUUUUAUUGUUUUUAUUCUAUUAUAUAAACAAUUGCUAAAAUGGCGGAGCAUGACAAAACAUUUAUAAAUAUAUUCUAAAUCUUACACCAUCUAAAACAAAACAAUAGCACAUUGGUGUGGACACCCACAAUAUGGUAUACAUUCAAUGUGGCUUACAGCUGUCAAACAGAAAACCAGACAUGUAGAUCGAUUAUGGUGCUGACGUGAAUUAUACAUAACCAUUGAGGCCAACAUGUUUAAGGACUAUUCACAUAUCAUCUCAAAGUCAGUAAAACCCAUGUGCACAAAUCAGUGAACCCAUGCCGCAUGCUACAAAUUUACUGAAUACUGAUUACUGAAGCCAUGCCACACGGUACAGAAAACAAGAUUUGCCAAACAGUAACAAAAAGGUGUUUCCUGUACCAACACUUUCUUACCCUCAAAUCCCAAGUAUAUAGACCACAAACACAACUUCUGUCCAAUUUCGGAGUCUCCAUCUUUAUCCAUAACGACUGUUAACCCACAGCAAGCCAGUACUAUUUCUCCGAAUUGUAACAAACAACAAAUCAGUUGUAAUCAAGUCGCUGUAAGAAGAACAGCGAAGCAAUGGCAAAUGAAGGAAAUCCAAGACCGACGUUGAUCCGAAACAUAAGACCCUUUUCCCUGACUUUGAAGGUUAGAGUUCGAGUGUCCAGAAUGUGGAGACCAAGAAGAUUCCAAAGUGACAUAUACGACGGCCUCCACUAUCUUCUAAUUGAUGAAAUGGGAGAUACAAUCCAUGCCAAGAUUGAUGAAUCUGAUUAUCCUCAUAUUGCCAACACAAUGCAACAAGGAGGAAUAUAUGACAUCUCUGUGUUUCAUACACGAAGGGAUCCUUCCAAAUGCAAAGUUGCAAAUCAUGAAGUCCAGCUGUGUUUCAACGAAUCAACAAAAUUUGAACUGGUUGAAAACGUUGUCCCUCCAAUCCCAGAAUAUUCAUUCCACCUUCUUGAGUUCAAUGAAUUAGCACCACAGGUUCAACAGCAACCACUGCUCAUAGAUAUCUAUGGCUGCAUCAAAUCAGCCACUCCGGAAUACCAAGUCCCUAUAAAAGACACAGACAAGAUGGAAUCAAAGCUUGAACUCAUUGUUGAAAACCUAAGGAGGGAAGAUCUCAAAAUAUUUCUAUGGGGUGACGCUGCAAGAAAAUUCAAUCUGGACAGUAUUGGAGCAUCAGGUUCAGCAAUACUUGCUCUGAUCACAAGCUUAAGAGUGACAAAAUUCAGACAACAAAUUCAAGCAUCAAGUACAACUCACUCUUGCAUACUGAUAAACCCACAAAUUCAACAAACACAGGAAUACCAAGCUGAGUUCUCCAAGCCAGGAGACAGGGUAAAGACAAUUCCUCCUCCAACCAAGCGAUUAACACCAGAACAAGCCAAACAACAAACAACAAUGACAGUCUCACAACUCAAUGCAUUGGAUCCAGAUGUAUAUACGGAGGUCUACUGUACGGCUUCUAUCCGUAGAUUCUCCAUGCAUAGUGGUUGGUGGUACAAGGGUUGCUCAAGUUGUCAUAAACAGCUCAAAAAAGAGAGGAUGCCACUGCAUUAAGCUGUAUUGACCAUGACACACAGAUUCCUCUUCCAUGGUAUAGAGUGGAGAUGACAAUUUAUGACAAAACUAAUCAAGCUACAGUCAUGAUCAUGGGAACAGAAGCAGAGCAACUGUUUGGGAUCAGCUGUAAAA